AUGUCGGGCUGGACUUUACAGCAGAGGCUCGAGGGAAAAACGUCUAAACAAGGAGAACCACCAUCUGCACUACGCCAGCAGGUGCCAAUUCUAAACAAGCCAACGGCAGCGCAGGGGGAAAAAACUUCAAGCCAACCGAGCCACAGCAACCGGAGAGUGAAGGAGGAAAAACGGGUGCAGGAGCCGGUCACUACACCACGCAAGGAGAGGAGCAAAACCAGCGAAAGAUUUAGCUGCCAUGUCCUCCAGGAGUCCCUGCUCAGCUCAGCCAGUGGCUACAGUAACUAUAGAGGCAUCCUCAACUGGUGUGUGGUCAUGCUGGUCUUGUGCAAUGCACGCCUUUUCCUGGAGAAUCUAAUAAAAUAUGGGAUACUGGUGGACCCCAUCCAAGUGGUUUCACUGUUUUUAAAAGACCCAUAUAACUGGCCUGCAUCUUGCCUUAUCAUUGUUUCGAACGUGUUCAUAAUGGCAGCUUUGUACACGGAGCGGAGGCUAUCAGUGGGCACCAUCUCAGAGACUACUGGAACAUUCCUUUACUUGGUCAAUCUGACCACCCUCCUCUUUUUCCCAUCAGCCACUGUGCUCACGCUGACCUCCAUUACCCCAGUGGGUGGAGCCUUUGCCCUGUGUGUCUAUACCAUCCUCUUCAUGAAGUUGUACUCGUAUAAGGAUGUGAACAUGUGGUGCAGAGAGAUUAGGCAUACCAAAGCCCGCACCCUGACCCGCUCCCAUUCAUGUCCAUCAAUCGCCCAGUCAAAUGGGUCAGCUGUACACGCUCAUGUGUCCUACCCUGGGAAUCUCACACACAGAGAUAUAUAUUACUUUGUGUUUGCCCCAACUCUCUGCUAUGAGCUGAACUUCCCCCGGUCACCACGGAUACGCAAGAGCUUCCUGCUCAGGAGACUCUUUGAGAUGCUGUUCUUCAUACAGUUACAGAUUGGAUUGGUACAACAGUGGAUGGUGCCGACUAUUCAGAACUCCAUGAAACCAUUCCAGGAUAUGGACUUUUCCAGAAUGAUCGAGCGCAUGCUGAAACUGGCUGUUCCCAAUCAUUUAAUCUGGCUCAUCUUUUUCUAUUGGUUUUUCCACUCUUCCAUGAACUUCGUAGCUGAGCUGAUGCGGUUUGGCGACAGGGAGUUUUACCAGGACUGGUGGAACUCUGAGACGGUCACUUAUUUCUGGUCUAACUGGAACAUUCCUGUGCACAAGUGGUGCCUCCGCCACUUUUACAAGCCUCUCAUGGGGAGAGGUGUGAAUAAGUGGGUCGCUCAGACAGCCAUCUUCCUGGUCUCCGCCUUCUUUCACGAGUACUUGGUGAGCGUUCCUCUGAAAAUGUUCCGACUGUGGGCAUUCAUGGGCAUGAUGUCUCAGAUUCCACUCGCCUGGUUCGUCGGCCGCUUCCUGAGAGGUAACUAUGGUAAUGCGGCAGUCUGGAUUUCGCUCAUCAUUGGCCAGCCCAUCGCCGUACUGAUGUACGUCCACGACUUCUACGUAUUACAUUACGUGUCACAAUCAUGAGCAGUUGGCCGCAAGCAGAGGAGCAAUAUAUUCUACUAAAUAAGGAAAAAUGUUUAUUUUGAAAGGGAAAUGUUUUAUAUGAAGCUCAACUGAUUAGUAAUAAUGUACUACAGAAAGUUUUUGGCCUUCAGUUUCUCGAAUGCACUGAUACACUAGAGACACUUGGCUCUAGUCCAGUCAUGUGCAAUUGUUGUGAAACACUACCCUGCCAAAGCUAGAGAACAUUUGUAUGCCUUCUCUGUUUCUUACUUUAAUAGUCUACAACUAUGAAGAUCAAUGCAAAAAACUCUACAGUACCUGUCAAAAGUUUGGA